GGGACCAUGGCUCCUACCUGUUGGUGAUCCUUCCCCAUUCCGCCCCCGCCCCAAAGCCCAGCACAGUGCCCUGCACACAGUAGUCGCUCAAUAAAUGUUCGUGGAUGAUGAUGAUGAUGAUGAUGAAAAAAUGCAGCAUCAACGGCAGCAGCAAGCCGGACCACGCGAACGAGGCAAACUAUGCAAGAGGCACCAGACUCCCUCUUUCUGGUGAAGGACCAACUUCUCAGCCGAAUAGCUCCAAGCAAACUGUCCUGUCUUGGCAAGCUGCAAUCGAUGCUGCUAGACAGGCCAAGGCUGCCCAAACUAUGAGCACCUCUGCACCCCCACCUGUAGGAUCUCUCUCCCAAAGAAAACGUCAGCAAUACGCCAAGAGCAAAAAACAGGGUAACUCGUCCAACAGCCGACCUGCCCGCGCCCUUUUCUGUUUAUCACUCAAUAACCCCAUCCGAAGAGCCUGCAUUAGUAUAGUGGAAUGGAAACCAUUUGACAUAUUUAUAUUAUUGGCUAUUUUUGCCAAUUGUGUGGCCUUAGCUAUUUACAUCCCAUUCCCUGAAGAUGAUUCUAAUUCAACAAAUCAUAACUUGGAAAAAGUAGAAUAUGCCUUCCUGAUUAUUUUUACAGUCGAGACAUUUUUGAAGAUUAUAGCGUAUGGAUUAUUGCUACAUCCUAAUGCUUAUGUUAGGAAUGGAUGGAAUUUACUGGAUUUUGUUAUAGUAAUAGUAGGAUUGUUUAGUGUAAUUUUGGAACAAUUAACCAAAGAAACAGAAGGCGGGAACCACUCUAGCGGCAAAUCUGGAGGCUUUGAUGUCAAAGCCCUCCGUGCCUUUCGAGUGUUGCGACCACUUCGACUAGUGUCAGGAGUGCCCAGUUUACAAGUUGUCCUGAACUCCAUUAUAAAAGCCAUGGUUCCCCUCCUUCACAUAGCCCUUUUGGUAUUAUUUGUAAUCAUAAUCUAUGCUAUUAUAGGAUUGGAACUUUUUAUUGGAAAAAUGCACAAAACAUGUUUUUUUGCUGACUCAGAUAUCGUAGCUGAAGAGGACCCAGCUCCAUGUGCGUUCUCAGGGAAUGGACGCCAGUGUACUGCCAAUGGCACGGAAUGUAGGAGUGGCUGGGUCGGCCCGAAUGGAGGCAUCACCAACUUUGAUAACUUUGCCUUUGCUAUGCUCACUGUGUUUCAGUGCAUCACCAUGGAGGGCUGGACAGAUGUGCUCUACUGGAUGAAUGAUGCUAUGGGAUUUGAAUUGCCCUGGGUGUAUUUUGUCAGUCUCGUCAUCUUUGGGUCAUUUUUCGUACUAAAUCUUGUACUUGGUGUAUUGAGCGGAGAAUUCUCAAAGGAAAGAGAGAAGGCAAAAGCACGGGGAGAUUUCCAGAAGCUCCGGGAGAAGCAGCAGCUGGAGGAGGAUCUAAAGGGCUACUUGGAUUGGAUCACCCAAGCUGAGGACAUCGAUCCCGAGAACGAGGAAGAAGGAGGAGAGGAAGGCAAACGAAAUACUAGCAUGCCCACCAGUGAGACUGAGUCUGUGAACACAGAGAACGUCAGCGGCGAAGGCGAGACCCGAGGCUGCUGUGGAAGUCUCUGGUGCUGGUGGAGACGGAGAGGCGCGGCCAAGACGGGGCCCUCUGGGUGUCGGCGGUGGGGUCAAGCCAUCUCAAAAUCCAAACUCAGCCGACGCUGGCGUCGCUGGAACCGAUUCAAUCGCAGAAGAUGUAGGGCCGCCGUGAAGUCUGUCACGUUUUACUGGCUGGUUAUCGUCCUGGUGUUUCUGAACACCUUAACCAUUUCCUCUGAGCACUACAAUCAACCAGAUUGGUUGACACAGAUUCAAGAUAUUGCCAACAAAGUCCUCUUGGCUCUGUUCACCUGCGAGAUGCUGGUAAAAAUGUACAGCUUGGGCCUCCAAGCAUAUUUCGUCUCUCUUUUCAACCGGUUUGAUUGCUUCGUGGUGUGUGGUGGAAUCACUGAGACGAUCUUGGUGGAACUGGAAAUCAUGUCUCCCCUGGGGAUCUCUGUGUUUCGGUGUGUGCGCCUCUUAAGAAUCUUCAAAGUGACCAGGCACUGGACUUCUCUGAGCAACUUAGUGGCAUCCUUGUUAAACUCCAUGAAGUCCAUCGCUUCGCUGUUACUUCUGCUUUUUCUCUUCAUUAUCAUCUUUUCCUUGCUUGGGAUGCAGCUGUUUGGCGGCAAGUUUAAUUUUGAUGAAACGCAAACCAAGCGGAGCACCUUUGACAAUUUCCCUCAAGCACUUCUCACAGUGUUCCAGAUCCUGACAGGCGAAGACUGGAACGCUGUGAUGUAUGACGGCAUCAUGGCUUACGGGGGCCCGUCCUCUUCAGGAAUGAUCGUCUGCAUCUACUUCAUCAUCCUCUUCAUUUGUGGUAACUAUAUUCUACUGAAUGUCUUCUUGGCCAUCGCUGUAGACAAUUUGGCUGAUGCUGAAAGUCUGAACACUGCUCAGAAAGAAGAAGCGGAAGAAAAGGAGAGGAAAAAGAUUGCCAGAAAAGAGAGCCUAGAAAAUAAAAAGAACAACAAACCAGAAGUCAACCAGAUAGCCAACAGUGACAACAAGGUCACAAUCGAUGACUAUAGAGAAGAGGAUGAAGACAAGGACCCCUACCCACCUUGCGAUGUGCCAGUAGGGGAAGAGGAAGAGGAAGAGGAGGAGGAUGAACCUGAGGUUCCUGCCGGACCCCGUCCUCGAAGGAUCUCGGAGUUGAACAUGAAGGAAAAAAUUGCCCCCAUCCCUGAAGGGAGCGCUUUCUUCAUUCUUAGCAAGACCAACCCGAUCCGCGUGGGCUGCCACAAGCUCAUCAACCACCACAUCUUCACCAACCUCAUCCUCGUCUUCAUCAUGCUGAGCAGCGCCGCUCUGGCCGCAGAGGACCCCAUCCGCAGCCACUCCUUCCGGAACACUAUACUGGGUUACUUUGACUAUGCCUUCACAGCCAUCUUUACUGUUGAGAUCCUGUUGAAGAUGACAACUUUUGGAGCUUUCCUCCACAAAGGAGCCUUCUGCAGGAACUACUUCAAUUUGCUGGAUAUGCUGGUGGUUGGGGUGUCUCUGGUGUCAUUUGGGAUUCAAUCCAGUGCCAUCUCUGUUGUGAAGAUUCUGAGAGUCUUAAGGGUCCUGAGGCCCCUCAGGGCCAUCAACAGAGCAAAAGGACUUAAGCACGUGGUCCAGUGCGUCUUCGUGGCCAUCCGGACCAUCGGCAACAUCAUGAUCGUCACCACCCUCCUCCAGUUCAUGUUUGCCUGUAUCGGGGUCCAGUUGUUCAAGGGGAAGUUCUAUCGCUGUACGGAUGAAGCCAAAAGUAACCCCGAAGAAUGCAGGGGACUUUUCAUCCUCUACAAGGAUGGGGAUGUUGACAGUCCUGUGGUCCGUGAGCGGAUCUGGCAAAACAGUGAUUUCAACUUCGACAACGUCCUCUCUGCUAUGAUGGCACUCUUCACGGUCUCCACGUUUGAGGGCUGGCCUGCGUUGCUGUAUAAAGCCAUCGACUCGAAUGGAGAGAACAUCGGCCCAAUCUACAACCACCGCGUGGAGAUUUCCAUCUUCUUUAUCAUCUACAUCAUCAUUGUAGCUUUCUUCAUGAUGAACAUCUUUGUGGGCUUUGUCAUCGUUACAUUUCAGGAGCAAGGAGAAAAAGAGUAUAAGAACUGUGAGCUGGACAAAAAUCAGCGUCAGUGUGUUGAAUACGCCUUGAAAGCACGUCCCUUGCGGAGAUACAUCCCCAAAAACCCCUACCAGUACAAGUUCUGGUACGUGGUGAACUCUUCGCCUUUCGAAUACAUGAUGUUUGUCCUCAUCAUGCUCAACACACUCUGCUUGGCCAUGCAGCACUACGAGCAGUCCAAGAUGUUCAAUGACGCCAUGGACAUUCUGAACAUGGUCUUCACCGGGGUGUUCACCGUCGAGAUGGUUUUGAAAGUCAUCGCCUUUAAGCCUAAGGGGUAUUUUAGUGACGCCUGGAACACGUUUGACUCCCUCAUCGUAAUCGGCAGCAUUAUAGACGUGGCCCUCAGCGAAGCAGACCACUAUUUCACUGAUGCAUGGAACACUUUUGAUGCCUUAAUUGUUGUUGGUAGCGUCGUUGAUAUUGCUAUAACUGAAGUGAAUCCAACUGAAAGUGAAAAUGUCCCUGUCCCAACUGCUACACCUGGGAACUCUGAAGAGAGCAAUAGAAUCUCCAUCACCUUUUUCCGUCUUUUCCGAGUGAUGCGAUUGGUGAAGCUUCUCAGCAGGGGGGAAGGCAUCCGGACAUUGCUGUGGACUUUUAUUAAGUCCUUUCAGGCACUCCCAUAUGUGGCCCUCCUCAUAGCCAUGCUGUUUUUCAUCUAUGCGGUCAUUGGCAUGCAGAUGUUUGGGAAAGUUGCCAUGAGAGAUAACAACCAGAUCAAUAGGAACAAUAACUUCCAGACGUUUCCCCAGGCGGUGCUGCUGCUCUUCAGGUGUGCGACAGGUGAGGCCUGGCAGGAGAUCAUGCUGGCCUGCCUCCCAGGGAAGCUCUGUGACCCGGAGUCAGAUUACAACCCCGGGGAGGAGUAUACGUGUGGGAGCAACUUUGCCAUUGUCUAUUUCAUCAGUUUUUACAUGCUCUGUGCGUUUCUGAUCAUCAAUCUGUUUGUGGCUGUCAUCAUGGAUAAUUUCGACUAUCUGACCCGGGACUGGUCUAUUUUGGGGCCUCACCAUUUAGAUGAAUUCAAAAGAAUAUGGUCAGAAUAUGACCCUGAGGCAAAGGGAAGGAUAAAACACCUUGACGUGGUCACUCUGCUUCGACGCAUCCAGCCUCCCCUGGGGUUUGGGAAGUUAUGCCCACACAGAGUAGCGUGCAAGAGAUUAGUUGCCAUGAACAUGCCUCUCAACAGUGACGGGACAGUCAUGUUUAAUGCAACCCUAUUUGCUUUGGUUCGAACAGCUCUUAAGAUCAAGACCGAAGGGAACCUGGAGCAAGCUAAUGAAGAACUUCGGGCCGUGAUAAAGAAAAUUUGGAAGAAAACCAGCAUGAAAUUACUUGACCAAGUUGUCCCUCCAGCUGGUGUAGACCCAUGUCCCCAACCUUUCCUGCAUCACAGCACACUUAGAAAAGGAUAUUUGCAUACCCCUCUGGGCAACAGAUGUGGAGUUCUUGAGGCUGAGGGCCUCAGCAUCCCCUACACCAUCACCUGGUCAAGAAGCAGGAGACUGGAUGAUGAGGUAACCGUGGGGAAGUUCUAUGCCACUUUCCUGAUACAGGACUACUUUAGGAAAUUCAAGAAACGGAAAGAACAAGGACUGGUGGGAAAGUACCCUGCGAAGAACACCACAAUUGCCCUACAGGCGGGAUUAAGGACACUGCAUGACAUUGGGCCAGAAAUCCGGCGUGCUAUAUCGUGUGAUUUGCAAGAUGACGAGCCUGAGGAAGCAAAACGAGAAGAAGAAGAUGAUGUGUUCAAAAGAAAUGGUGCCCUGCUUGGAAACCAUGUCAAUCAUGUUAAUAGUGAUAGGAGAGAUUCCCUUCAGCAGACCAAUACCACCCACCGUCCCCUGCAUGUCCAAAGGCCUUCAAUUCCACCUGCAAGUGAUACUGAGAAACCGCUGUUUCCUCCAGCAGGAAAUUCGGUGUGUCAUAACCAUCAUAACCAUAAUUCCAUAGGAAAGCAAGUUCCCACUUCAACAAAUGCCAAUCUCAAUAAUGCCAAUAUGUCCAAAGCUGCCCAUGGAAAGCGGCCCAGCAUUGGGAACCUUGAGCAUGUGUCUGAAAAUGGGCAUCAUUCUUCCCACAAGCAUGACCGGGAGCCUCAGAGAAGGUCCAGUGUGAAAAGAACCCGCUAUUAUGAAACUUACAUUAGGUCCGACUCAGGAGACGAACAGCUCCCAACUAUUUGCCGGGAAGACCCAGAGAUACAUGGCUAUUUCAGGGACCCCCGCUGCUUCGGGGAGCAGGAGUAUUUCAGUAGCGAGGAGUGCUAUGAGGAUGACAGCUCGCCCACCUGGAGCAGGCAAAACUAUGGCUACUACAGCAGAUACCCAGGCAGAAAUGUGGACUUUGAGAGGCCCCGAGGCUACCAUCACCCCCAAGGAUUCUUGGAGGACGAUGACUCGCCCAUUUGCUAUGAUUCACGGAGAUCUCCAAGGAGACGCCUACUACCUCCCACCCCAGCAUCCCACCGCAGAUCCUCCUUCAACUUCGAGUGCCUGCGCCGGCAGAGCAGCCAGGAGGAGGUCCCUUCGUCUCCCACCUUCCCCCACCGCACGGCCCUGCCUCUGCAUCUGAUGCAGCAACAGAUCAUGGCAGUUGCUGGCCUAGAUUCAAGUAAAGCCCAGAAGUACUCACCGAGUCACUCGACCCGGUCAUGGGUCACCCCUCCAGCAACCCCUCCCUACCGGGACUGGACACCGUGCUACACCCCCCUCAUCCAAGUGGAGCAGUCAGAGGCCCUGGACCAGAUGAACGGCAGCCUGCCGUCCCUGCACCGCAGUUCCUGGUACACAGACGAGCCCGACAUCUCCUACCGGACUUUCACACCAGCCAGCCUGACCGUCCCCAGCAGCUUCCGGAACAAAAACAGCGACAAGCAGAGGAGCGCGGACAGCUUGGUGGAGGCAGUCCUGAUAUCUGAAGGCUUGGGACGCUAUGCAAGGGACCCAAAAUUUGUGUCAGCAACAAAACAUGAAAUCGCUGAUGCCUGUGACCUCACCAUCGACGAGAUGGAGAGUGCAGCCAGCACCCUGCUUAAUGGGAACGUGUGUCCCCGAGCCAACGGGGAUGUGGGCCCCCUCUCACACCGGCAGGACUAUGAGCUACAGGACUUUGGUCCUGGCUACAGCGACGAAGAGCCAGACCCUGGGAGGGAUGAGGAGGACCUGGCGGAUGAAAUGAUAUGCAUCACCACCUUGUAGCCCCCAGCGAGGGGCAGACUGGCUCUGGCCUCAGGUGGGGCGCAGGAGGGCCAGGGGAAAAGUGCCUCAUAGUUAGGAAAGUUUAGGCACUAGUUGGGAGUAAUAUUCAAUUAGACUUUUGUAUAAGAGAUGUCAUGCCUCAAGAAAGCCAUAAACCUGGUAGGAACAGGUCCCAAGUGGUUGAGCCUGGCAGAGCACCAUGAGCUCGGCCCCAGCUGCAGGAAACAGCAGGCCCCACCCUCUCACAGAGGAUGGGUGAGGCGGCCAGACCCGCCCUGCCCCAUUGUCCAGAUGGGCACUACUGUGGAGUCUGCAUCUCCCAUGUACCAGGGCACCAGGCCCGCCCACCUGAAGGCACGGCGGCGGGGUGCAGGGGAAAGUUAAAGGUGAUGACGAUCAUCACACCUGUGUCAUUACCUCAGCCAUUGGUCUAGCAUAUCAGUCACUGGGCGCAACAUAUCCAUUUUUAAACCCUUUCCCCCAAAUACACUGCAUCCUGGUUCCUGUUUAGCUGUUCUGAAAUACAGUGCGUCAGAACCCAGCUACCAGCGAUCAUUGUGAGGGCAAUGGGACCUUACAAAUAAGGUUUUCUGUGACGUGACUCCAGUUUACACAAGAGAAUCUCACUCCGAUGGUCGGUUUCUGACUGUCACGCUAAAGGGCAACUGUAAACUGGAAUAAUAAUGCACUCGCAACCAGGUCAACUUAGAUACACUAGUUUGUUUAAAAUUAUAGAUUUACUGUACAUGACUUGUAAUAUACUAUAAUUUGUAUUUGUAAAGAGAUGGUCUAUAUUUUGUAAUUACUGUACCGUAUUUGAACUGCAGCAAUAUCCAUGGGUCCUAAUAAUUGUAGUUCCCCACUGAAAUGUAGAAUUACUAGUAUUUUUACUUGGGCUAUCCAGAAGUAGAAGAAAUAGAGCCAAUUCUCAUUUAUUCCGUGAAAAUCUUCUGGGGGUAAAAUUUUAAGUUUGAAAGAACUUGACACUACAGAAAUUUUUCUAAAAUAUUUUGAGUCACUAUAAACCUAUCUUUCCACAAGAUAUACCAGAUGACUAUUUGCAGUCUUUUCUUUGGGCAAGAGUUCCAUGAUUUUGAUACUGUACCUUUGGAUCCACCAUGGGUUGCAACUGUCUUUGGUUUUGUUUGACUUGAACCACCCUCUGGUAAGUGAAUUACAGAGCAGGUCCAGCCAGCUGUUCUGCCCCUUGGGUAUCCAUAGUUAUGGUUUUCUCUGCUGCCCACCCAGGGCAUUUUUUGCAUCACUGGUGCAGAAAUGCAUAAGUGGAUGGGGUACAGCUGCUCUUGUCCUCUGGGGACUGGUGGUGCUGCUUAAGAAAUAAGGGGUGCUGGGGUGGGGGGGACAGAGGAAAAACAUGGUGAUCUAUAGGAUUGGAAUGUCGGGGUCUGUACAAAUCGUAUUGUUGCCUUUUACAAAACUGCUGUACUGUGUGUUCUCUUUGAGGGCUUUUAUAUGCAACUGAAUGAGGGCUGAAGUUUUCAUUAGAAUGCACUCACACUCUGACUGUAUGUCCUGAUGAAAACCCACUUUUGGAUAAUUAGAACCGUCAAGGCUUCCUUUACUGUCAACAGAAUUAUGCCGACUGUCAAGUUACCUUGGCAGGGAUUCCCUGCAAUCAAAAAGAUAGGUAGCAAUUUUGGUCCAAGAUUUUUAAUAGUAUAUACACAACCUGUUAAUGGAUUUUUUUUUUUUUUUUUUUUUUGUAAAUAACACCACUUUGUUAUGAAGACCUUACAAACCUCUUCUUAAGACAUUCUUACUCUGAUCCAGGCAAAAACACUUCAAGGUUUGUAAAUGACUCUUUCCUGACAUAAAUCCUUUUUUAUUAAAAUACAAAAUGUUCUUCAGAAUAAAACUGUGUAAUAAUUUUGUUAUAUUUGGAAGCUCUCCUUGCACAGAGCUGGCAUUUGCCAGUGAGAGCCUCCAACGGGGCAGGUACUGUGCCAGGGCAGCUCUGAAAUUACGGAUAUUCUCUCUUAUCCUCCUGGUUCCUUCAGUGCCAAUGGUAACCUAAUACCAGCUGCAGGGAGCACCAUUUCUCCUAAAGGGCUACACCACUGUCAACAUUAUCUUGGACUCUGUGUCUCUCUCUGUUGGGUCUUGGUCUUACUGUGUGGCUUCACAUCAGGCCAAAAUCGCCAGACCAGGACCCUAAGUGUCUGGUAGAGGCGAUGAUCUUUUCCAAAGUCAGUACUUACAAACUGGCGUUUUUACAGGCUGCACCACUUCCUAAUAUCUGUCUGCUUUAAGCCUGGUUCAACCUCUCAUUGAAUAUUAAAUUUUUCUUUGUAAGAAAAA